AUGGCACCAGCUUCAAUGGCAGUCCGGCUGUUUGGAGUUUUUGCUGCACUGCUACUGCCCGAGUUUGCGUUUUGCAUGACACGAAACUACACGUUCAAUAUUGUACAGCACAAUGUAACGAGAUUGUGCCACACAAAGAGCAUAGUUAGCGUCAAUGGACGCUUUCCCGGCCCUCGCAUUGUUGCACGAGAUGGUGAUCAGCUCCUCGUUAAGGUGGUUAACCAUGUUUCUAACAAUGUCACGAUUCACUGGCACGGCAUUCGGCAGCUUAGGAGUGGGUGGGCUGAUGGACCAGCUUACGUGACACAAUGUCCGAUACAGACCAACCAGACAUACACGUACAACUUCACAAUCAUUGGACAGAGAGGAACUCUCUUCUGGCAUGCUCAUAUCUCAUGGAUGAGAGCAACAGUUUACGGACCAAUCAUCAUCCUCCCAAAGCGCAAUGAAUCUUACCCCUUCAGAAAACCAUACAAGGAAGUUCCCAUUAUUUUUGGGGAGUGGUGGAAUGUAGAUCCUGAGGCUGUGAUUAACCAGGCUCUGCAAACAGGGGGUGGUCCAAAUGUUUCAGAUGCAUACACAAUUAAUGGUUUUCCAGGGCCCUUGUAUAAUUGUUCUUCUAAAGAUACAUUCAAACUAAAGGUGAAGCCAGGGAAGACAUAUAUGCUUCGUUUAAUAAAUGCUGCAAUGAAUGAUGAACUAUUCUUCAGCAUUGCGAACCAUACAGUCACAAUU